UGCGCGCGGCGGGCGGCCGGCCGGAUGGCGGCACUCGGCAGGGUGGCGGCGCUGUGUGCGGCGCGCGGGCUCUGGUGGAGGGCCGCGUGCGCGGCUGCGGGGCUACGGGGCCUUUGCCCGCAGAGGGGCUACGCUGUGGGCCCCGCUCAGAGCUCGCCUACCUUUGGGUUCCUGUUGGAUAUCGAUGGAGUGCUGGUUCGGGGCCACAGAGUGAUCCCUGCCGCUCUGGAGGCAUUCCGCAGGCUGGUGAACCCCCAGGGCCAGCUGCGGGUGCCCGUGGUUUUUGUCACGAAUGCUGGGAACAUCUUACAAUAUGGCAAAGCCCAGGAGCUGUCAGACUUACUGGGGUGCAAGGUGGACCCAGACCAGGUUAUCCUCUCUCACAGCCCCAUGAAGCUCUUCUCGCAGUACCAUGAGAAGCGGAUGCUCGUGUCCGGGCAGGGACCCCUGGUGGAAAAUGCCAGGACACUGGGCUUCCAGAAGGUGGUGACUGUGGAUGAGCUGCGCACGGCCUUCCCCGCGCUUGACAUGGUGGAUCUGGAGCGGCGGCCAAAGACCACGCCCCUCCCGAAGAGCGACUUCCCAGCCAUCGAAGGGGUGCUCCUCCUUGGGGAGCCAGUCCGCUGGGAGACAAGCCUGCAGCUGAUCAUGGAUGUCCUCCUCAGCAAUGGGAAGCCUGGGACUGGCCUGGCAACAGCCCCCUAUCCCCACCUCCCUGUCCUGGCCAGCAACGUGGAUCUCCUUUGGAUGGCUGAAGCCAAGAUGCCCAGGUUUGGCCACGGCACCUUUCUGCUGUGCCUGGAAACCAUUUACCGGAAAGUGACGGGCAAGGAACUGCGAUACGAGGGCCUGAUGGGCAAGCCCAGCGUCCUCACUUACCAGUACGCGGCGGCCCUGAUCAGGCAGCAGGCGGAGCGGCGGGGCUGGCCCGGCCCCAUCCAGAAGCUCUACGCUGUGGGCGAUAACCCCAUGUCUGACGUCUACGGUGCCAACCUGUUCCACCAGCACCUGCAGAAGGCCUGGCGUGAUGGGGCCCAGGAGCUGGGGCCUGGGGGCCCACGGAAACAGCAGCCCUCCGCAGCCCAGAGCUGUGCCUCCAUCCUGGUAUGCACUGGCGUGUACCGUCCCAGGGACCCAGAGCUUGCCCAGGGAGGAGAGGAGUCUCCCUUCCACGGGCACCGGGACUUCAGCUUCAGCCCAGGGCUCCUGGAGGCAUGCCACGUUGUGAAUGACGUGGACGAGGCUGUGCAGCUGGUUUUCCGCAAGGAGGGCUGGGCUCUGUAGUGAGGGGUGGGGUUGGAGGUGGGGGGGCGGGGCUGGAGCUGCAGGUGAACCAGUCGGGGCCGGCCUAGCCCCCUUGCCACUCUCCCUGCUGCCCCACAGGUGUGAUAUUACUGGUCACCUGGAAGAAGGCAGUGGUUUUUAUCCCUGCUAGGCAGUAGCCACAGAAGUGUCCCCUGGACAGUGUUUCACGUGGAACUCGCAAGAUUUUCUGGGCCUGAUUCCUGUGUGUCUCUCCCAGCAGUCUAACCUCAGGCCAGUCCCUUUACCUUGUGCCUCAGUUUCCUUCUCAUUGCAGUAGGGAACAUGUGAGAAGAGGGGGGCAUUAGAGAUAAUGUGGGAAUUUCCGCAGAGGCUUUGCCCCUCUCGAGGGAGCCGCCACUGCACGUCAGCAGGGUGUGUGCUAGCACUCAGAUGCCACUUUUUACUGUAUUUUAGUUGGGUGCUCAGACACUGUGGGGCUUAUU